UAACCCGGUUUGGGGGGGUUCCCCGGUGGGGGUCCUGGCGGGAUGGAGCUGGCAGUGCUGCUGGUGCUGCUGGGGGCGGCCCGGGCGCUCUCCACGUGCCGGUCCUUGGACCUGGAAGCAGCGCGAAGGAAACGCAUCGAGGCGGUUCGGGGCCAGAUCCUGAGCAAGCUCCGCUUAGCAGCCCCCCCGGCCGACGAACCCCCGCCCUGGCCCCUGCCCGACGACGUUCGAGCCCUUUACAACAGUACCCAGGAGCUGCUGCGGCAGCGGGCGCUGCUGCGGCCCCCUGAGGACCCCGAGGAAUAUUACGCCAAGGAGCUGCAUCGCUUCCCCAUGGAGACCCCUGGGGAGGGCCUGCUGGAGCGCUGGCGCCCCACCCCCCGCAGCACCUUCUUCGUCUUCAACGCGUCGCGGGUGCGGGGAGAGCUGCGGGGGGCGGCGCUGCUGCACCGGGCCGAGCUGCGGAUGCUGCGGCGGGGGGGGGACGGCCCCAGCGCCCCGCAGCGCCUCGAGCUCUACCAGGGCUAUGGCAAUGCCUCGUGGCGGUACCUGCACGGGCGCUCGGUGCGGGUGACACCAGAUGAGGAGUGGCUUUGGUUUGAUGUCACAGACGUUGUCCAACAGUGGCUGAGCAGCAGUGAGCCCCUAGGGUUGUUCAAGCUGAGUGUCCAUUGUCCCUGCGAGCCGGGCCCUACAGUCACUGAUGAGAUGCGCAUCUCCAUUGAAGGGUUCGAGCAGCAGCGCGGGGACAUGCAGAGCAUCGCGCAGAAGCACCGGCGCCUCCCGCACCUCCUGGCCAUGUCGCUGCCCCCCGACCGUGCCAACGACCUCCACAGCUCCCGCCGCCGCCGCGCCCUCGACAUAGACUACUGCUUGGGCACUGAGGAGAAGAACUGCUGCGUGCGGCCCCUGUACAUCGACUUCCGCAAGGACCUGCAGUGGAAAUGGAUCCACGAGCCCAAAGGCUACAUGGCCAACUUCUGCCUCGGGCCCUGCCCCUAUAUCUGGAGCGCGGACACCCAGUACACCAAGGUGCUGGCACUGUACAACCAACACAACCCGGGGGCUUCGGCAGCCCCCUGCUGCGUCCCCCAGACUCUCGACCCUCUCCCCAUUGUCUACUACGUGGGGCGCAAGGCACGGGUGGAGCAGCUCUCCAACAUGGUGGUCCGUGCUUGCAAGUGCAGCUGACUCCCUCCCCCCCCCGCCCCGGAGCUGCCUCAGCCCUCUCCCUGCUCCCCACCCCAGGCACCUCCACACAAAAAAAACACCUUAUUUAAUUUUUCA